GUUUUGUGCCAUCCGGGGGACAGUCGGUGGCUUUGAGUGUUAACCAGGUGGACUGUCGAAGCCCUGCGAUAGCUGGGAUGUUGCAGCAGAAGGGCGGCAGCAUCCAGCGAGAUUCGGCCCUGUCUCAGCCGUCGGCCUCCAAUUUCUUCUCCCUGUCUCACCCUGGAUCCUGGGGAAUGGGGCGCAAUACCAAGAGCAACUCUUUGAGCAGUAUAAGCUCCAACUCCGACUGCUGCGACAACCCCGCCGUCGAUCCAGAAUACAUCAUGCGGCUGGUGAACGACGUCCGGAAAUUCGCGGACGUUUUGCUCGACCUGAAAGAGACGAUUCUCUCCGAAGAAAGUCAACAAGAUUGCCUGCAUCGCGUGGUUCACGAGCGUUUGGGAGAGUUGCUUCGCGUCUUGAAGGCGAUAAUAAACAAACAUCAGACUCUCAACUCAGUUGCUAUUCUUAGUGCUGCCGGAGUGGUUAUCGCAAAAGUGAAAGCUGUGAACUUCAAAGAGGUGAAUGAAGAAAACAAGAGAGACCUCUUCGGUGAAAUAUUUUCUGCUAUUGAAACAUUGGCAUUCACCUUUGGCAACGUUGUAUCAGACUUCCUUAUGGGAGAUGUAGACAAUGGUUCGUCCUUGGAACUUCCUGUCUCUCGGAGAAGUCGGUCUUUUGAAAAUAUUUCUGUGGAAUCAGUGGGAUCGCUCCAUGAAAAAGAUGACGUUCAAGGACAUCUUCAGCCCAGGGAGCUCGAUAGCAUGCUUCUAAGGAAUGAUGAUGGUGUUGAACUGGCUCUGUCAUACGCUAAGGCUUGGUCAAAAUAUACCAAGGAUAUAGUUGCAUGGGUGGAAAAAAAGCUCAGCCUAGAAUUGGAAUGUGCUAAAAACAUUGCCAAAAUGGCUGAGACAACUAAAGCAAUCAUUGGGCUCCAGGAAUUUAUGCCAUUCCGGGCACUCUUCAUAAAUGCUUUUAAUAACGAUGUUGAAAACAGUCAACUUUUGCAGCAAACAGCUGUCGCUCUCCAAGCCAACAAAUUUGUGCAGCCUCUCAUCGGAAGAAAAAACGAAUUGGAUAAGCAAAGGAAAGAAAUCAAAGAGACUUGGCAGCGAGAGCAAAAGAAAAUGCAAGAGACAGAGACAGCACUUAAAAAAGCCAAGCAGCUAUGUAUACAGCGACAAGACGAGUAUGAAAAGGCAAAAUCUUCCACUGUCCGUGCUGGGGAGGAACGCCUGAGUUCAAGUGGAGGACUAAUGAAAGAUGCCAGUAAACAGGUUGAGAAGAAACGAAGGCUAGAAGAGGAGGCUCUCCAGAAAGUUGAAGAAGCAAAUGAACACUACAAAACCAGCAUGGCAGAUGUGGAAGAAAAGCGAAAUGAUCUGGAAAAUACCAAAAGUGAAAUUUUAGCCCAACUCAGGGAGCUGGUUUUCCAGUGUGAUCUUACCCUUAAAGCCGUGGCGGUGAACCUGUUCCAGAUGCACCAUGCCCAAGUCGUGUCUUUACCAGUCAACUACCAGUCACUCUGUGAGAAUGCCAAGUUAUACGAGCCAGGGCGGCAGUAUGCGGAAUUUGUGAAGGCAAAGCGUGCCCUUCAGGAAGACGGUCCUAUCGAAACAAGUUUAUUUGAAGCCCAGAAUUCCCAAGUUGAUGGGCUUUUUUUAACUCGGCGGUUGACAAACAGUACCCACACCUCCCAUGGAAACCUAUCUCAGGGCUCUGGUGACUGCCCAUCUCAGCCCUUAGAGGUUAUUGGGAGCCCAAUUCGUCGACGUUCUGGAAAGAUUGGAGAGAAGAGGUCUUGUAGCAGCAUGGAUAUCCCAGCGGUGAGAGGACCACCACCUUUCAGAUCGUGGUCAGUUGGCAACCAAAGCGGUGGAAUGUGGAGUGACUCGGAGAGUGCAGGGGGAAGCAGUGAAUCACGGUCUAUGGACUCUCCAUCAGCUAGCCCAGGAGAUUUUAAGCGCCGACUUCCACGCACACCUUCCACAGGAACAAUGUCCUCCGCAGAUGAUCUUGAUGAGAGAGAGCCACCUUCCCCUUCAGACCCUGGGUUAAAUGACCUCGUUCCUGAAAUUGCCAGUUCUCCCGGGCCGUUCAGAAAUACCGUUAUGUCCAAGGCGGCUCUCACACACAAGCUGCGAAAGCUGAGGGCUCCAUCUAAAUGCCGAGAGUGUGACAGCUUAGUGGUGUUUCAUGGCGCAGAGUGUGAGGAGUGCUCUCUUGCUUGUCACAAAAAGUGUUUAGAAACCUUAGCCAUUCAGUGCGGGCACAAAAAGCUGCAUGGGAGGUUACACUUGUUUGGAGUGGAAUUUGCUCAAGCUGCUAAAAACGCUCCUGACGGCAUCCCUUUCAUCAUCAAAAAGUGCACCUCUGAGAUUGAAAGCAGAGCCUUGAAUGUUAAGGGUAUCUACCGGGUGAAUGGAGGCAAGUCAAGAAUCGAAAAGCUCUGUCAAGCCUUUGAAAAUGGAAAGGAUUUGGUAGAGCUGUCAGAACUCUAUGCCCACGAUAUCAGUAACGUCCUGAAGUUGUACCUUCGCCAGCUCCCAGAACCUUUGAUAUUGUUUCGGCUCUACAACGAAUUUAUCGGCCUGGCGAAAGAGAGCCAGAAUAUAAACGAAGACCUCGACCUGAAGCAGGCCAGCCCCAAAGCCAAGAAAAGGCAGUCGGUGUCCAUCGACCUGAACCGCUUCCUCAUUAAAACCAAAGAUCUCCUCAAACAGCUCCCCGUUCCAAACUAUAAUACUCUCCAGUUCCUUAUAGGACACCUUCAUCGGGUUUCGGAGCAAGAUGAAGAAAACAAGAUGUCUGCCCGGAACCUCGGGAUCAUAUUUGGGCCCACCCUGAUCAGGCCUCGUCAGACAGAUGCCACGGUUUCCCUCUCCUCGCUUGUGGAUUACCCGCACCAGGCCGGCAUGGUGGAGCUGCUCAUCACUCACUACGAGAAGAUCUUCGACGUCUGCCCCCGGCCCCUGGCAGUGCCACCUCAGCCGGAUGAAAACGCCCCCCUGAAAAUUGCUUCACCGGCGGAAGAGAGGGGACCGCAGCAGCACAGGAAGUCGCCGCUGUUUAUUGCUUCAAAGGAAGCCCAUAGUGAGAGUCAAGGUCUGGAAACAACUGCAUCACUGGAGCGGUUAGAUGGUCACACCCAUUCAAGAGAGAAGUCCGAUGCCUCCGUCACCGAGUGCAUGCUGUUGCCACUCACGGAAGCGAAGCAGGCGGAUAUUGAGAAAAGCAGUUCCUCCUCAGAACCUUGCGUUGCUUCAGUUUCGGCUGUGCACGCUGCCACCCAAAAGGGGACAGGCCUCACCACGGCUGUAGCCCCGCACAAAGACAACGGAACCUCGCCGCCUCCCACCGAAGGGAGUGGGAAAGCCGGUAGCCCGCUGCCCGUCAAAUCCCACCGACAGACCACCAAAGUCCAGCUGCGGGCCCUAAGGACCAAACCGGUGGUCCGCCCCGUGAGCCUGCCCAUAGAUCGGUUGCUUCCCUCGGGCCUCUUGAACGAGCGGACCUCGAGAAACCCGGGCGCCUUCAAUCCCGACAAGCCGCCCAGGAGCCCCGCCGCGGAAGAGGUUUCGGAAGCCAAGCCGCCCCCCGCCAAUAACGCCUGCUCCCGACUCUCUUGCUACGACCCUCAGACCCUGCCGAAGAGCUGGGACAAGCAGUACAAGCAGUACGACAUGACCGCCCGGACGGCGAUGAUCAUGACCAAUGCCCUUCAGGAGAACAGGGCCCGGGAGGGCGGCGGUGGCGGGGCCGCCCAGCCGUUCACGGUACCCGUCCGGGAGGCGAGAAAGACAUCCGAGGGAGGUUCCCCGGACUCCACCCGCCUGGCUGCCUUCAGGGCGACGAGAACUCUGCAGCCGCCGCCCGGGACCUUUUAUAAGCCGCCUCCGUCCAACAAGGGAAAGGGCGGCGAGGAGGACAGUCUGAAAAGCCGGGCGGCAGCAGCCCUCGCCCAAGACGGCGCCGCCGUGAAACUGGUUUUGAGCUCUGCCCUGCCGGCAGACCUGCUCGGACAGCCCGUCGGCCAUGCCAGAGCCAGCCCCGAGGAGCCGCAGCCCGCGGAGGCCAAGCCGACGUACCAGAGACUAAGACCGAAGCGGCUACAGGAGUUGGAACAGCGGGAAGCCCAUUUUGUAUAGGGUUGCCAAAUCCCCAGUCUACCUUGACGACCCCCCUGCGCUUCCCCCCACCAGCCCUCCGACCCGUCGGGGAAGGGGUUCGUCUUCUGUGCCAUAUAAAUGAAUCAUUUUCUUAUAGGCGACAUUUAAAAAGGUGAGGUGGGGGAGUGAACUCGAUUGAAUUUUAGUCUUUUCUUUCUUCCCCACAAAAGCAGAUCGUCAGCUUAAAGGCAGCUCUCCAGCCCAUAGGUGCCAUCGGUCAGAGUCCCAGGUUUAGUUCAGAGAUGGAACCACGCGCAUAUUUAGGGACAGAAACGGCAUUGGCAUAUGCAGCGCUUGAAAGAGCUCUUUCCGAUCUGAAGUGGAUAAAGGAAUUUGAUAUUUUCGCUGCCUCGGAGCACAAAGUAACGCUCUGGCUGUCUCGUCGUAUAAAAAAGCUUCCGUUCCCAAUCCGUGCAAUUCGGUGUUUCGCUCCAGAUAGAUUUUAUAAUAGCCCCAGAGGCACGGGACUGUACCAUAUGUAUCUUUCGCCGGCGUUUUUAUCGGUCGCCGGGUUUGUUUUGCUAUGUUGUCACUUUAAUUGUACAGAAAAGAUGCACUUACUGAGCUGUGCUGUUCAGAAAUAGACUAAGGCCUAGUGCUGUGCCAUUAGAUAAUAGGUGCCAAAGUCAGACGGCAGGUAACUGGACAGUUCAGGUGCCAUGCAAGUAAACACCUGUACCAGGUGUAGGUUUUAAGCCACCGCUUUUCCCUCUUGGGGUGAAGCGUUGUUUCUGCCCAGUGUCUGGAAUGAAGCGUAUGGCUCAGGCCAGAAUAACCAAAAAGUUCCUCAUCAAUAGGUGCAUCUCACGUUCACUCGGUUUGAAAUGUCUUUUGUAAUAUAGCGUUCCAUUGGCUCGACAAAACGUAUUAACCCGUUAACCGAUUCCAGAGAUAGUUGCUUCUAUCCUCCUGUGGUUUCUUUUAACUUAAAUAAAGUUUCCAGCGUAUG